AUGUUCGAGGUGUCGCAAUCUAAUAUACUACUCAAAGAAAUAUCACAAACGAGAGAUCGAGCUGGGUUCCAGCGCGAGUGUAUAAGCAUACACGUUGGUCAAGCUGGCGUUCAAAUUGGUAAUGCCUGCUGGGAGUUGUACUGUUUAGAACAUGGAAUUCUACCUGAUGGACAAAUGCCCGAUGGAACUGGUGUCGGACCACAUGAUGGCUAUCAUGAUUCGUUCUUCAGCCAGUCUGGGUCAGGCAAACAGGUGCCGAGAGCCGUUUUUAUCGAUCUUGAACCAACUGUAAUCGACGAGGUGCGCACCGGCACUUACCGUCAAUUGUUCCAUCCCGAACAAAUGAUUACAGGUAAGGAAGAUGCCGCAAACAACUAUGCCAGAGGACGGUACACCAUCGGACGUGAAUUCAUUGAUGCAGUGACCGAUCGAGUGAGAAAAAUGACCAAUCAAUGUGAUGGUUUGCAAGGAUUUUUUGUAUUUCAUUCAUUCGGUGGAGGGACCGGCUCUGGAUUCACAUCACUUCUUAUGGAAAAGUUGAAUGCGGAGUAUGGAAAAAAAUCAAAAUUAGAAUUUGCUGUAUACCCCGCGCCGACCAUAUCGACGUCCGUAGUGGAACCAUACAAUUCGAUUCUGACAACGCACACGACCUUGGAGCACUCGAACUGUUCUUUUAUGGUGGACAAUGAAGCUAUUUACGAUAUAUGCAAAUCCAAACUGAAUAUUUCCAGCCCCUCAUACAUAAAUCUGAAUCGUUUAAUUGCCCAAGUGGUGAGCUCUGUCACUGCAUCGCUGCGCUUUGGCGGGUCUUUGAAUGUUGACUUAAACGAGUUCCAAACUAAUCUCGUACCCUAUCCAAGGAUACAUUUCCCUCUGGCUACCUAUGCACCGAUAAUUUCUGCAGACAAAGCACGUCAUGAACAACUCAGUGUUUCCGAGAUCACACACGCCUGUUUCGAUCCAUCUAGCCAGAUGGUUAAGUGUGACCCGCGAUCGGGUAAAUAUAUUGCAUGCUGCUUACUGUAUCGGGGCGAUGUGGUUUCUAAAGACGCCAUUGAUACGAUUUCUGUCAUCAAGAACAAAGGGGCAGUGCAAUUCGUCGACUGGGCUCCAGCAGGCUUUAAGCUGGGUGUUAACAGUCAACCACCGACCGCAGUGCCUGGAGGUGAUUUAGCACAGGUCAAACGUGCCGUAUGUAUGUUAAGUAACCUGACGGCCAUACGUGAACCCUGGCAUCGACUGAAUUACAAGUUCGACUUAAUGUUUGCCAAAAGGGCCUUUGUCCACUGGUAUGUUGGAGAAGGAAUGGAAGAGGGAGAGUUUGUGGAGGCUCGAGAAGAUUUGGCUGCUUUAGAAAAAGAUUAUGAAGAGAUUGCAAUGGACGAAGAUUUGGACGACGAAGAAGCUGCUGACACCUAUUAA